AUGUCCAAUCCCCUCCCCUCGGUUCCUCGAGCCGCCGCUCCGACGGUCAUUCCCAUCGAUGCCCCCUCCUCCACCUGGGAUCGCAUCACCUCGUGGGUCUCGAAGAACAAGGCCGUCGUCUACACCAUCGCCGGCGUCGCCGUUGCCGUCACCGGUGCCGGCGUCGUCUACUACCUCAACUCGGACUUGACCAAGCCGACGCCCUCGCCGAAGCUCAGCAAAAAGGAGAGGCGGAAGCGGAAAGAGGCCGAGCGCAAGGCUUCCGAGAGCAAGGAGGCCGUCGCCGCCCAGCACCAAGCCGCCUCGGCCGAGAGCGAGGCCGACCUUCCGGACGUCGAUGAACACUCGGUCCUCGCCUUGACCCCGGAGCAGCGGGACGAGUAUGCCGCGAGGCUCAAGCAGGCCGGCAACAAGGCCUACGGCGACAAGGCCUACAACAAGGCCAUCGGCCUCUACUCCCAGGCCAUCCUCUGCAAGCCCGACCCCGUCUUCUACUCGAACCGCGCCGCCUGCCACAGCGCCAUGAGCGAGUGGGACAAGGUCAUCGAGGACACGACGGCCGCCAUCAACAUGGACGCCGAGUACGUCAAGGCCAUCAACCGCCGCGCCACGGCCUACGAGCACCAGAAGAUGUACUCCGAGGCCCUCCUCGACUUCACCGCCUCCUGCAUCAUCGACAACUUCAAGAGCGACUCGACCGCCCAGGCCGUCGAGCGCCUCCUCAAGGUCUUUGCCGAGCACCGCGCCAAGGAGAUGAUGGCCUCGCGCCCGCCGAAGCUGCCGAGCCCCAUCUUCGUCGGCAACUACCUCCAGAGCUUCCGCCAGCGCCCCCGCCCGGCCGAGCUCGACGACGCCGCCGAGCUCGACCUCGCCUCGGGCAAGGGGCAGCUCCGCCUCGGGCUCCAGGGCCUCGAGAAGAAGACGGCCGACGGGUACGAGCAGGCGAGGCUCGCCUUCGAGGAGGCCCUCGAGCUCGGCGACCUCGGCGCCCACGAGGCGCUCGCCUACAACCUCAGGGGCACCAUGCGCACCCUGCUCGGCAAGCACGCCGAGGCCACCAUGGACUUUGACCGGAGCAUCGAGCUCGACCCGACGCUCGCCCAGAGCUACAUCAAGCGCGCGAGCAUCAACCUCGAGCUCGGCGAGGCCGACAAGGCCGAGGCCGAGUUCGCCGACGCCCUCCGCCAGAACCCCGACGACCCCGACGUCUACUACCACCGCGCCCAGGCCAACUUCAUCAAGGGCGACCUGUCCGAGGCCCAGAAGGACUACCAAAAGUCCAUCGACCUCGACAAGGACUUUAUCUUCUCCCACAUCCAGCUCGGCGUCACCCAGUACAAGAUGGGCUCCAUCGCCUCCUCCAUGGCCACCUUUCGACGGUGCAUCAAGAACUUUCCGACCCUGCCGGACGUCUACAACUACUACGGCGAGCUCCUGCUCGACCAGGGCAAGUUUUCCGAGGCCGUCGAGAAGUUUGACACGGCCAUGGAGAUGGAGAAGCAGUCCAAGCCCAUGUCGAUGAACGUGCUUCCCCUCAUCAACAAGGCCCUCGCCCUGUUCCAAUGGAAGCAGGACUUUGGCGAGGCCGAGAAGCUUUGCCAAAAGGCCCUGAUCAUUGAUCCCGAGUGCGACAUUGCCGUCGCCACCAUGGCCCAGCUCCUCCUGCAGCAGAACAACGUGACCGAGGCGCUCGUCUACUUUGAGCGCGCCGCCGAGCUUGCCCGCACCGAGGGCGAGAUUGUCAACGCCCUUUCGUACGCCGAGGCGACGAGGACGCAGGUCAAGGUGACGGAAAAGUACCCUAAGCUGGCGGCCAAGCUCGCCGGCGGCGGUGGCCCCCCCGGCUUCCGCAUGGGUGCGUAG